CUACGCGAACAGAUGAUCGAUGAGCAGACCGGCAAUCUGCGAGAGAAAAAGUUCCUCCUCGGCAAUUGGCCACAACGUGACCAAGAUUGGGCAAAUCGGUGACAAUUUCACGUGUUACGUGUACAAAAAUCGUGCGGACAACAAAUUAAUACGAUGUGCAGAUAACAUUGCCGCGCUGGUGCAACAUGCGAUGGUGAAGCGGGAAAAGGAUAAGAAGCGGCGAGAGUGCAGCUGCGAGGUAUCAAGGAAGGAAUACGGUCGUAAGAUCGCCGAUAAUCAAUGCCAAUGGCCUACGAAGCAUUAUGGCACGAGUACAUGCAGAUGCCCGUGGUGACGCGGGCUUACACCACAGCUUGUGUCAUCACGACUCUUGCCGUGCAAUUGGACUUGGUGUCUCCAUUUCAAUUAUAUUUCAAUCCAAUUCUCAUUGUGGAACAGUACCAGAUAUGGCGGUUAAUAACAACAUUCUUGUUUUUUGGGAAUAUUGGGUUCAACCUACUGUUCAAUAUGAUAUUCACAUAUCGAUAUUGCCGUAUGUUGGAAGAAGGAUCGUUUCGCAGGAGAACAGCUGAUUUUGUAAUGAUGUUCAUUUUUGGCGGAAUAUGCAUGAUCACUUUUGCAUUCUUCGUCAAUCUGCUGUUCCUAGGACAUGCAUUCACGAUAAUGUUAGUGUAUGUAUGGUCGCGACGAAAUCCUUUUGUCAGGAUGAACUUCUUUGGACUUUUAAAUUUUCAAGCUCCAUAUUUACCAUGGGUACUGCUGGGGUUCUCUGUGUUGCUUGGUAAUACAAUAUGGGUCGAUCUUGUUGGAAUGGCGGUAGGGCAUACUUAUUAUUUCGCAGAGGAUGUAUUUCCGCGGUUAAGAGGCGGUUUUCGGAUUUUAAAAACUCCACAAAUACUUAAGACUUUGUUUGACGCACAUCCUGAAGAUCCGGAUUACAUGCCGCCGCCGGAAGACAGACCAGGUGGCUUCAAUUGGGGACAGGAAGCCAAUGUGCAGUGAUCAAAACAUUCAAUAAUUUUCUUCCUAAUGCUGUUUCUUAUAUCAAAUUACCCGAGAACAUUGCAGAAGCGUGCGUCCCCAUCGUUGUUCCUUCAUCUUUAGAGUUAUUAAUAACUUGAUGUUUGGAUUUGUGUAUGCAAAGACGUAUAAUGAAAUGACAAGGAUAAUAUGCAAGAUGUUUAUAAAAGAAAUGUAAAGGAUAAUAUACAAGAUAUAUAUAUAUUAGAAAGAUCCCAGCUGUUUUCUUCAAUUGAGGAAUUGUCCAAUAAAAGUUGAUAAUCUUUCUGUAAUCAAAUUAAUCGUCGAGGGAAAGUUGACUCCAAACUUUUCAAGGAAUUUGUGAACAAGAAAAAGCAUACAAAUUCUUAUAUAUCCUAUAUAUAGAUGAGAGCUGGAGAUAUGUACGUAAAACGUUUAUAAUCAGUGAGCUAUUAUUAUUUCCUUUAAAUUCUGUACAUGCACAUUCACAUAUAUGUUCUUCAUUAUUCGUUUUUGCACACAAAAUCCAGUUUAUAUCGAUAUUAACUCUUUGGAAGCCAAACGUUGCGCUUCUAGCAUUAUUGCAAAAAAUAUAAUGGAUUAAAUUGAUUUAUUUAAAGAAUACAAGCAGAAUUACAUAUUUUGUUUUAUCUGAGAAGAUUAUUCUGUAAUUAAUUUGAAAUCUAUGAAUCCAAUUGUAAAAAUAGUAAUUUUAAUUGUUAUUAUGUAGAUAUAUACGAUGUGUACAGACUGUUUAUAUAUGAUUCUAAUGUCGUGUAUGGUAACAUUACAUUCUAACAUAUUAAUGAUAAUGAGUAGUAAAAUUUUCGCAGAUUUAUAUCUGAAUUCUGCAAUUCAAUAGAAGUAGUCUUUCACAUGCACGCAAGUGCAAUUGAAUUGGCAUUCCGAGGGUUAAGUCUAUCUAUCGCGAAUAUAUACUUCCGGUUUUGUGCAUGGAAGUCGUAAUUUUUCACACUCGCGAAUUAAUUAGCUUUACUAUAUCGAGAGCGUCAUUUUUGUAAGAGCGAUAUGUGCGAUCGGUGGUAAUUUUGUGAUACAUUCAUCGUGCUCAUAGUUCUUGCAAGUAUCAAUGGAAGAGAGAGAGAAAGAGAGAAAAUGCCAUUGUGCAAGGGAGACUAUUUUAAAGUGUAUUAAAGCAUUUAUUUAUAUUUAUUAAUAUAGUGAAGUGUAAUCUAGGCAACAUCUACAAAGUACAAAUCGUUAAAUA